AUGAACAGAAUAAUACCUAAGUCUGGAUAUUUUGUUUCCAAUGCAUAUAAGGCUUCUUGUCGUCAAUUUUCUGGGCUCACACCUGCCUUCAACCCUUUGAUCUCACUUAGACGGAGUCAGAAUGUUAACAACGCCUAUUUUACACCACAAAAUUUUGAAGGAUUAUCGGUACUUCAAUCAUUCUUUGGUUUGAUACAAUUGAGAUUCAAAUCGAGAGGUAAUACUUAUCAACCAUCUACUUUGAAAAGAAAAAGAACGUUUGGGUUUUUAGCCAGAUUGAGGUCAAAAAAUGGAAGAAAACUUUUGACGAGAAGGAGGACUAAAGGGAGAUGGUAUUUAACUCACUAG